AUGGGUGUGUACAUACUUAUUGGCCUGCACCCCAUCCCUGGGCUGCAGAGAAUGCUGGUGGAGGACACAGCUGGGCAGCCCUGGGGUGCGGAGCAGGGCGGGGGCCACACGCACAGGGCUGAGCCGCCUGCAUCCCACACUCACAGCCUGCAGGCUGCCGCCCCCACAGUGCACGCACUUCCUCGCAAGGGAGCCGCAGCCCUGACCGGAGGCUGGCAGGAAGAAGCAGGGGAAGCCCCCUCGGAAGCCCCCAGCCCACUCAUCCCUGCAGGGGCCAUGAGCACGAGGCAGGAGGCCAGGAGAGAUGAGGGAGACACCAGGAGGAGGGGACAGCAGGCAGAGCUCCGGGACCGAGCCCACCUGAGCCAGCAGCGCCGGCUCAAACAGGCCACCCAGUUCCUGCACAAGGACUCGGCCGACCUGCUCCCGCUGGACAGCCUCAAGAGGCUCGGCACCUCCAAGGACUUGCAGCCACACAGCGUGAUCCAGAGACGCCUGGUGGAGGGAAACCAGAGUCGGCUUCAGGGGGAGUCUCCCCUGGUGCAGGCCCUGACUCAUGGCCAGGAGAGCAGGAAGACCAGCAGGGCAGAGAUCCCAGCUCUUCUGGUCAACUGCAAGUGCGGGGACCAGCUGCUCAGAGUGGCCGUGGACACAGGCACCCAGCACAAUCAGAUCUCUGCGGGCUGCCUCAGCCGCCUGGGGUUAGGGAAGAGGGUCCUAGAAGUCCCAGCUGGGGACCUGGCACCUGAGCCCCCAACCCAGGUGGAGCGGCUGGAGCUACAGCUGGGGCAGGAGACCGUGGCAUGCUCGGCGCAGGUGGUGGAUGUUGAGAGUCCUGAAUUCUGUCUGGGGCUGCAGACCCUGCUCUCUCUCAAGUGCUGCAUCGACCUGGAACGUGGAGUGCUGCGGCUGAGGGCCCCGUGCUCGGAGCUGCCCUUCCUGCCUUCCUACCAAGAGCCUGGCCAGUGACCACUGCCCCAGUCAGUCCCCAGGGAAAGACCUUGCCUUAGGGAAAGAGCCACGUGGGGAAGGGGCUGCUAGUGCCAGGUGCCUGGGGACUACUGUAUCUGUCCCUUUUAUUACCACCCUGACCCCACCCCCACCGCGUCCCAUCCCAUUUCCCUCAGCGGGCCACAUUCCUCUGCUUCUAAGCAGCUGUCCUGUCCCCUGGGAGUUUUCACAGAGGGCCCCUGAUUCCAGGGUUCUGGUGCCCCUGUUCUCCCAAGGAGAGCACAGUCAGACCAGGACUGCAGAAAGGGUCCUAAGCAAAAUGGGGUACCCUCUUGGCCCUCAGCAUGGCAGGAACCUGCCUGAGCCAAAGGCUGCACCGACUGCUAUUCUCACCUGGCCCCCCAAACUCUACUCAACUGCCUGCACCCCACAUCUCUCCUCACCUUCUGGAGCCCAUCAUAUCUCACAACUAGACUGCCACACCUCACCAGCCAGGUCCCUGGCUCUUCUGGUGCCACCUCUCUGAUUCUGUGCAUGUCUGCUCACAGCAGGGGAAUGUAACAUUAAACAGAAUAAUUCAAUACAGCAGAGACGGUGAGCUAGUGCAGGAAUGUCCCGCUCAGAAGGCUGACAGCAUUAGUUACCUUUUUGGGGGUUGCAAAUGCCUGAUGCGAGCUUUUGUUUGAUUACCCUGUGUGAAACCUUGGCUAUACCUCUGAUACUGACUCCAGGUAUUAAUCCUUCUCCACUCGCUUUUUGUACCCACCGCACCCCUGACCUUUGGGGCAGUGUGUGGAAGAGCCCUGUAGAGAACCACCCCUGCGUGGUGGAAAGGAUGGUGGGCUUGUCGGCACUUGAACUGAACCUAUCCAGUGUUCUUUCUUAGUUCUACAACUAGCCACCUCAUUAAGCUUCUUUCCUGCCCCGUAUCUCUAGUCUCCUGGGCUUAAGCUGCCUGGUCCUGGAAUCAGUGGCUUUCCAUCCCUCUGCCAGGCUCUGAGCCAAAGCAAGAAGACUGAGGCUCUUUUGACUUCGAGAAGAAUCCAAACCUUAAGAGGGCAGACUCCUGAGUGUCUUGCUGGCUGCUUCGAGUUGGGGUAGAGAAAGACAAUGGUGUAACUGACCUGAACCAGGGAACUAGGGCCCUUGGGCUGGGAACAGAAUCUUGAGCCUGGAGUACAUUGGAUUAGAGAAGAAGCAGGAUGCUGCCCCGUGACACCUGGCCUUACCUUUCCUCAGCAGACUCCCCUGCUCGCACAAGGAAAGGGAGGGGCUCACUCCUCAAGUGUCAUGGCACCUGGUCUCAAAUCCCAGUUCCUGUCCCUCACUGCCUUGCUCCACAAGCUCCGCUUGCCUGGGUCUCACUGUGCCCUUCUCCCCGUCUGCCUCCUGCUGCUUCUCUGACUGCAGACCCCAGGCCCCGUGGCCGGCCCUCCACUCAGCUGCUUCCCCAUUGGAAUAAACCCUUAUUUCUCUAUGCUGACACUCGUCUCUAGUCUUCCUCCCUGCCUAUCGGGAGCUGAGUGAUAUCUCUGCCCUUAUUCCCAUACAGAGAGGAAAAGGGAACGUAAGCCCCUCCCCAGGUGGACUCAUCUGACUGGGGUCAGUAUAAUUGGGACAAUGGCCUUCAAACUCCUGUGUCCACAGCUCGCAGUGGGAAAUACACUUUAUAGUACACUCGGCACACACACAUGCACACAAU